AUGCAGCAACGCGAUCGAAAUUUGGAGAGGCAGUUAUUGGAGACGAAGAAGCGUGAAGAAAAUUUGCAGAGGCAGUUAUCGGCGGUAACGCCAUGUGAAGAAGAUUUUAAGGGACAGUUACAAGAGAUGCAUCAAACCGGCGUAAACUCACAAAAGGCAGUUGCGAGAGAUACGGCAACGCGAAGAAAAACUCGCAAAGGCAGUUGAGGGAGAUACGGCAACGCGAAGAAAACUCGCAGAGGCAGUUGAGGGAGAUACGGCAACGCAAAGAAAAAUUCACAAAAAACGAGGCAGUUAAGGGAAAUGCAGCAACGAGAAGAAACCUCACAAAGGCAGUUGAGGGAGAUGCAGCAACGCGGUACAAACUCACUAAGGCCUUCGAGGGAAAUUCAGCAACGGCUGGAGAACUUUCAACAACAGGUGUCCAUCUUAGAAAGACAGGUGAGAGAAAAAGACCAGGAAGUUAAUGAACUAGAGUUAAGUCUUUCGUCAGCCCAGCAAACAAUAAAUGACCUACAACGACAGGAAGAAUGCGACUGGGUCAUUUCCCGCGAUGAAAUUCAAAUGACCAACAAAUGCCUUGGCAAAGGAGGCUUGGGAAGUGUUUAUGAAGGUGUGUAUUGUGGCUGUACUGUAGCAGUGAAAAAAAUGCAUGAUCUGAUUCUCUCCCCUCAUAACAUAAGUCUUUUCGAGAGAGAAAUGAAUAUUGCAUCCAAGUGCCGCCAUCCUCACUUGCUGCAGUUUAUCGGCGCCACCAACGAUAAGGGAAACGCUCUGUUUAUUAAGGAGUUGAUGGAAGAAAGGCUAAGGUCUCUGUUGGAACAGCUUAAGCUCUCCGAAACUGAAAUACGCACCAUUUCUUUGGAUGUAGCCCGCGCACUGAACUAUCUUCACCAGAAGAAACCAGAACCCAUCAUUUACCGGGAUGUCAGCAGUGCGAAUGUGUUGCUAUGGUGA